AUGUCAUCAAACUCAACGAAUCGGGUUGGCCUAGUAGAUGUUCUUAUAUUCGGAGGUCUUGAGUCGGUUGGAGUAUGCGCAAUCGUUGGCAAUCUUGCCUUGAUAAUUGUUCUCCUGAACAAUAAGUAUUUGCAUCGUGCAAGUUUCAUACUGAUGCUCAAUUUGGCAAUUGCUGACGUGAUUCAUGGUUUCGUCACAACGUGCCACUUCUACCCUCCAAUUCUUCUGCAGAAGAUGCAUAUUGGUGAACUGGCAAUCCGAUUAUUCAACAUCACUGAUUGGACGGCUUGGGCCAUCACGCUGACCCACAUGUCCGCAAUAUGCAUUGAUCGACUAAUCGCCAUUAUACUGUAUGGUCGGUAUAAUGUCCUUGUGACAGUUCAACGAAUAAGAACAUUCAGCAUUUCCUGUUGGAUAGUGUUCCUGAGUACGAAUGUAACCUUGUUCUUUCUUCAUGCGUGCUGUAUGAUUCGACCCUUGGAGUCGCUAAACUAUUAUAGUUUUGGAUACAGUGAAACGAAAAAAUUUAAUGUAUAUGUUCUAACAUAUACUCCACUCGAAAUAUUGACAAUAUUGAUAUUGUCAUUCAGCAAUCCGAUAACGCUUGUGCAACUUUAUCGAAGACACAAAAGGAAGAUUGCACUCCGACAGCAAGGUACCACCAAAAGCGUUUCAACCUCGUCCUCAUCGCUUCUGAAGCAACAGCGAUCACAAUGGCAAAGAGCAAGUACAAUGCUUCUGGAAAUGUCGAUGAAGAUGGGAAGCAAACAUCUGACAAACGAUGUUCGUGAAAUGGCCGGUCGACGAGCAAAUCGGCAGCAACAACGCAUUCUCUUGCAGAUUACUGUUGUUGCUCUUAUCUUUUACGGUUACAUGACGGCGUACUACAUUUCGUAUUACAGUCGAUUUCAAUCCACUGCAGUUAUGAUAUUCAACAGCUAUUUCUACUCCAUCACUCAUAUGAUUAAUCCAGUUAUUUACUUUUCUCUCAACAAGGAAAUGAGAGCCCAAUUCAAAAGCGCUAUAAAGGAUUUCAUCAAGUGGUUUGAUUGCAAGAAGAAGGAUCCUUAUGGUUUUGCAAACAGCUCGACGAAGGUGAACCAUAGCACAAAGAUCACAGCUACUGCACACCGAAGCGAGUCUUGUAGCGAAACUUCACCAUUGUUCUCAUCGAAUAAUCAUUACAAAUCGACCUGUCGUAUCCAAAAAGAUGUUCCUUCAAUUGAUGAAGAAACUGGAAAUGAGUCGGCUGAAAUUCAGGCAAUCGUUGACAAUGCGAGCCAAGAGCAAUCCGACCAAUGCUCAUCACCACAAUCUGACGAAUAUGUUUUCCCUCCAAGUGAUCUGCCAACAAACAAAAUGAAUGCUAAAGAUAGAUCUGCUUUUAUCAAUCAACUUGUUUCUGCGCUUAAAUUCACUAGCAGCAAGUCGCUUUCCAAAGAAAACCACGAAGAUGAACGUCCAAGACGUAAAUUAGACAAAUCUGCGACUACCAGCGAUAUCAACAGUAUCAUUAAACAAAAAUAUAUUCAUUUCUCAAAUACAAUUCAAGUAAUUUCUAGAGAUUCGAUAGGAAACUUAAUGCCAGAAAACAAGUUUAUGUCAAUUGGCAGUUUAGAAGGAAGCUGUCUUCUGAAUGAUGUUUCUGGCAGCAUCAGCGAGUCAACCUCCGCAACGAACAACAAAUCGUCAAAUUUGACAAGAUCUUCGUCAACCAGCUCUCGAACUAUGUUUGACACGUCGACGAAUUUCGAGAGUGGUACUGCACUACUGAUUCGCGGAGAAGCGGAACUUGAUGUCGAUGACGAUGACGAAAUAGCCUACCUUUAA